AUGUCAAAUUGUCAAUCAGAGAUAUGUAAAUAUUUCAUUUAAAUCUUAGACUUUAUCAUAUUUAUCAUUGAAUACAGUGGUUGAAUAUAAAUUAUGUAGACUAAGAUAUGUCGAUAGAUCGAUAGAGAUUAUAAUAAUUUUAAAUAAAAAACAUGUAAAUUAAUCUAUACCAGCUUUAACUUUUGGGUUUAUAUAGCGUAAAUUACACUUGAGGGAACGGUAACAUGAAUUUUAUAAAAAUUUGUACUCGUAAUUUCACAUCUAAUCAAAACAUUCCUCGAGUGUGUAUAGUUGGGGCUGGUCCUGCAGGUUUUUAUGCAGCUAUGCACUUAACUAAGUAUCUUAAAACAGUUAACGUAGACAUAAUCGAGAAGCUUCCCGUUCCUUUUGGUUUAAUAAGGUAUGGAGUAGCACCAGAUCACCCUGAAGUAAAAAAUGUUAUAAAUCAAUUUACUAAAGUUGCUCAGCAGCCUAAUGUAAAUUUUUAUGGCAAUAUUUCUUUGGGGAAAGAUGUUAAAAUUAGUGACCUUCGACAACACUACCAUGCUGUACUACUGACAUAUGGUGCAGAAGAGGACAGAUCUCUAGGUAUAGAAAAUGAAGAUGCUGCAAACAUAGUGGCAGCUCGCAGAUUUGUUGGAUGGUAUAAUGGCCUACCCAGUGAUAAAGAUUUAAAGAUUGAUUUAUCUGGCACUACUGCUGCUAUUCUUGGACAGGGGAAUGUUGCAUUAGAUGUAGCAAGGAUAUUAUUAACCCCUAUAGAUGAACUAAAGAAGACUGAUAUCACAGAGCAUGCACUAAACACUUUAGCAGAAUCUAAAAUUAAAGAGCUCUAUUUGGUUGGAAGAAGAGGCCCAUUGCAAGUGGCUUUUACUAUUAAAGAACUCCGUGAGCAGUUAAAAUUAAGCAACUGUCAAACAGUUUGGAGAAAAACAGAUUUUGAGGGUCUAGGAAAUAUUGUUAAUGAUUUACCUAGACCUAGGAAAAGGUUAACAGAACUUAUGUUGAAAUCUGUAAGUGAAUUCGAAGACACAUCUAUUAAUGAUAAUAACAAAUUAUUUAAACCAAUAUUUUUCAGAACACCUAAUAAAUUUUUAGUUAAUAAUGACCGAAAAAUUAUGGGAAUUGAACUCACUUGUAAUGAACUUCAGGGAACUAAAUUAGAAGAGCAGAAGUGUGUGCCUACAAGCAACAGUGAAAUUUUGAACUGUAGUUUAGCAUUCAGAAGUAUUGGAUAUAAAUGUGUCAAAGCCGAUAAUGAUAUAAUAUUUAAUUCUAAAGGGUUGGUGGCAAAUAAUAAAGGUGUUGUAGAUAAUAAUUCCGAUACAUUGGCAAAAGUCUAUGUUGCUGGCUGGCUUGGAACUGGUCCAGUUGGGGUGAUAUUACAUACAAUGGGUAAUGCUUUUCAAGUAGCAAAAGUCAUGUGUGAUGACUUAAAAAAUAUAAGUAGCUUUAGCAGUAAAAGUGGUUUUGAAGAAAUUGAAAAUACCUAUUUAAAAAGUAACAAUCCUAUUAUAAAUUGGGAAGGUUGGGAAAAAAUUGAUAAAUAUGAAGUAGAACAGGGUAAACUGAGAAAUAAACCAAGGGAAAAGGUGUGCAGUAUAGAAAAAAUGAUAAAUAUUGCUGUAAGUUAAAUACACUAUACACACACACAUACCAUAGAUCUAAUCUAAUUAUGCAGAUAUCGCUGCUAUUUUAUGGAGUGAAAAAUUGUAUUUUUAUAUUGAAUUAAAAAUCCUAUUGAUAUA